AUGAGGUCCUUCAGCGCUGCUGCGGCAGCUACGCUGCUCAGCGCCUUUUCCCUCUUUCAGGGCGCUACAGCGCAGAGCGGGGUUCCCGUCCUCUGGACGCAUCCCGGUUCCGGUAUCACCUACAGCACAUGGACGACGACCUCGGGCAUGACCUUUGGUCUCACCCUGCCCCCCGGCAGCUUGAGCACCGAUGCCGAUGAGUAUAUUGCCUAUUUCUCAUGCGCGACUCCCGAAGCCGCGGGCGAGGGUUACUGCGGUCUGUCUCUUGGCGGCACUAUGCAACGCAACUUGCUCAUCACCGCCUACCCGUACGAGGAUGAGGUGCUCACUCAGUUCUGGUACGCGCCGAGCUACGACUUUCCCGAGAUCUACGCCGGCGAUGCCACCGUGACCCAAAUCUCUUCCUCGGUCAACUCCACGCACUACGAGGUCGAGUUCCGUUGCCAGAACUGCUGGGCCUGGGACCACAACGGUGAGACCGGCAGAGUCUCGACGACCGCUGGCUUCCUCGUCAUGGGCUGGGCCCACUCCUUCUCGAGCCCCGGAAACGCCCAGUGCCCUGCCCAGAUCACCGUCGAACAGCACGACAGGCAGAGCAUCUUCGGUGCCGGCCUGGACCCGAGCAUUGAGGCUCCCGCGUACGACGAGUAUGUCGAGCUGGCCACCAUCACCGCCACGGGAGACUGCGGCGCUGUCACUCCUCCUCCCUCGUCCACCGACCCCGGCGAACCGGGCCCGACUUCGAGCCUUGCCCCCCCCGAGACGGGCGUCCCGGUUCCCGAUGAAGAGUACGACUACGUCAUUGUUGGCGGCGGUGCUGGCGGUCUCCCCCUAGCCGACAAGCUGAGCGAGGCCGGUCACAAGGUCCUCCUCAUCGAGAAGGGCCCCGCCUCUUCGGGCCGCUGGGGUGGUACCCGCGGUCCCUGGUGGCUCCAGGACACCAACCUGACUCGCUUUGACGUUCCCGGCCUCUGCAACCAGAUCUGGCACGACUCCGCCGGCAUUGCCUGCCGUGACACCGACCAGAUGUCCGGCUGCCUUCUCGGCGGUGGCACUGCCAUUAACGCUGCUCUCUGGUGGAGACCGUAUUCUCAGGACUGGGAUUACAACUUCCCUGCGGGCUGGAGGGCCUCGGACAUGGCUGCUGCCGAACAGCGCGCCUUCUCCCGAAUCCCCGGCACCACUACCCCGUCGAUGGAUGGCGAGAUCUACCUCCCCCGGGGCAUGGACGUCAUCCGCGAGGGUCUGCGCUCGGGCGGCUGGAACGAGGUUGACUUCCUCUCCACUCCCAACCAGAAGAACCACACCUUCGGCUAUACGCCUUACAUGUUCUCGAACGGCGAGCGUGGCGGACCCAUGGCCACCUACCUGGUCUCGGCGACGGCGAGGCCCAACUUCACCCUCUGGCUGAACACGGCCGUGCGCCGCGUCGUUCGCCAGGGCGGCCACGUUACCGGAAUCGAGGUGGAGCCCUAUCUGGAAGGUGGCUACCAGGGUACCGUCCGUCUGAAGCCCGUCACCGGCAGCGUCAUUCUGUCGGCCGGCACCUUUGGCAGCGCCAAGAUCCUGAUGAGGAGCGGUAUUGGACCUGAGGACCAGCUGAAUGUCGUCAGCAACUCGACCGUCGAUGGCUCGAGCAUGAUUUCUCGGGACCAGUGGAUCAGGCUCCCUGUUGGUUACAACCUGGAGGACCAUGUUAACACCAACACUGUCCUCAGGCACCCCGAUGCCCAGUUCUACGACUUCUACGAUGCCUACGACGGCGAGGAUGCGUACCUCCCGGAUAUCCAGCAGUACCUCUCUUCCCGCACUGGCAUCCUUGCCCAGUCUGCCCCCAACAUCGGCCCUCUGUUCUUCGACGAGAUUACCGGUGCCGAUGGCAUCGUCCGUCAGCUCCAGUGGACUGCCCGUAUAGAGGGUAGCGAGGGCGAGCCCGACGGCCAGAGCAUCACUAUCAGCCAGUACCUCGGCCGUGGUGCCACGUCUCGUGGCCGCAUGACCAUCACCCCCAACCUCAACACCAUCGUCUCGGACGUUCCUUACCUCAAGGACCAGGAGGAUAUCGAGGCGGUCAUCAAGGGUAUUGAGAACCUGCAGGCGGCUCUUGCCGGCGUUCCGGGUCUUGAGUGGCUGCGCCCCGCUCCCAACGUCUCUGCCCGCCAGUACGUGAACAACAUGGUCGUGUCGUAUGCUAACCGCCGUGCCAACCACUGGAUCGGCACCGCCAAGCUCGGCACCAAUGACGGCCGCAAGGAGGACGGCGACGCCGUCGUCGACCUGGACACCCGCGUCUACGGCACCGACAACCUCUACGUCGUCGACGCCUCCAUCUUCCCCGGCCACGUCACCCCCAACCCGUCCUCCUAUAUCGUCGUCGCCGCCGAGCACGCCGCCCAGCGCAUCCUCGCGCGGCCGACGCUCGUCCCCGCCGGCGAGUGGGAGCAAUGCGGCGGCCGCGAGUACACCGGCGUCUUCCAGUGCGCCCAGGGUCUGCGCUGCGUCGAGCUGAACCCGUACUACUUCCAGUGUAUUCGGUAA